CGAAUUGAACCCGCCUAUCAUUAAAGCCCUAAAUUCACACUCGUCACUCGUCCUCUUCCUCCUCCUUUCAUGAAGUCAUCAUCAUCAUCAGUACCUGCAAAUACUCCAUUGUCUUUCUAAAUAAAGAAACUCCAAAGGAUACAAUUGGUGGAGUGAGGUGUCCGGCCGGAGGAAAUGGGUUCUGUUCUUCCAUUACAACAAGACCUCAAUCUCCAGCUCGGAACUCCCGCCGCUAAGCUUGUCCCGAAAAUCGAGCCGAAGCUCGAACCGUACGACGGAUUCUCCGCCCUUCCGACAGCCCAUUUCGUGUCAAACCCUAAUUCCGACCCAGGUGCAGCGUCGCUUUUAGGCAACCCUACUCCCACUCCUCCUCCGAGGCCCAAUGGCAAAAGGUCAUCGCCUUCUUCCGACGAAUCCAAUGUGUAUUCCGAGUUCAGCCGGAUUUCCGACAUGUUCCGAGCCACUCUUGCUAAGAAACUGCAGCGGUCUGGGGAAAUGGAGGCUGCGGAUGACCCGGAUUCCCGCGCUAUUGUUCCCGUGGACGGCGAGGCUCAAGUCUCCGAUGCCGUUGUUUCCAAUAAGGAUACUAUUAAGCAACGGUCGUCGGAGCUGGUCCGGGUCUUGGAUCUCAGACUUGAAGACCAGAUUUUCUUCCGGGAAAACGUCAGGAGAACUAGGAUGCUGUACGAAUCCAUUCGAGUUCUGUUGCUGAUGGAGGACGAGAAGAGGCAGGAUCCGGGGAGCUGGAGGAGCAGAGCAGACCUGAAAUCCGCCCAGUUGAUGAGACAAAGGGGGCUAUGGCUGAACAGAGACAAGCGCAUAGUGGGACCCAUCCCAGGACUCCUAAUCGGAGACGUCUUCUUCUACCGGAUGGAACUCUGUGUUGUUGGGCUGCACGGGCAGGCUCAAGCAGGAAUCGACUACCUGCCCGCGUCCCAUAGCUCCAAUGGGGAACCAAUAGCAACUAGUGUGAUUGUUUCAGGUGGGUACGAGGAUGAUGAGGAUACUGGGGAUGUGGUUAUCUACACCGGGCAGGGUGGGCAGAACAAGUGCUACAAACAAUGUGUAGACCAGAAGCUGGAAGGUGGUAAUCUGGCCAUGGAAAGGAGCAUGACCUAUGGAAUAGAGGUCAGGGUCAUUCGCGGCUUCAGAUAUGAAGGCAGCGUCAGUGGUAAAGUUUAUGUUUAUGAUGGUUUAUACAAAAUUGUUGAUUAUUGGUGUGACGUGGGUAAGUCUGGGUUUGGGGUGUAUAAGUAUAAGCUUGUUAGAUUUGAGAAUCAGCCGGAAAUGGGAAGUUCUGUUCUUAAGUUUGCACAGGCUCUCAGGACUCAACCACUAAUGGUGAGGCCAAAGGGGUAUUUAAGUCUUGAUCUAUCAAGAAAGAAAGAGAACGUUCCGGUUUUUUUGUAUAAUGAUAUAGAUACGGAUCAAGAGCCUCUUUAUUAUGAUUAUCUGGCGAAAACCAUCUUCCCUCCACACGUUCACGUGGGACACGGGACCGGCUGUGUAUGCGUUAGCGGGUGUGGGGCCGAUUGCUUUUGUACUAUGAGAAAUGGUGGCGAGUUUGCUUAUGACAGUACUGGUGUCCUGCUCAGAGGGAAGCCGUUGAUCUUUGAAUGUGGGCCCCACUGCCAUUGCCCUCCGACGUGCAGAAACCGGGUUAGUCAGUGUGGGAUUAAGAACAGAUUUGAAGUGUUCCGGUCUAGGGAAACAGGUUGGGGUGUUAGGUCACUGGACAUGAUCCAAGCUGGCUCCUUCAUCUGCGAGUUUGCAGGGGUUGUCCUAACAAGAGAGCAAGUCCACAUUUUUACAAUGAAUGGGGACAGUUUGGUCCAUCCGAGCCGUUUUGCACAGAAAUGGAAAGAAUGGGGAGACGUGUCUCAAAUAUAUUCCAACUAUGUGCCCCCAGCUCACCCCUCUAUUCCUCCGCUUGAUUACGCAAUGGACGUGUCGAAAAUGAGGAAUCUGGCGUGUUACAUGAGCCAUAGUCCGACUCCCAAUGUCUUUGUGCAGCUUGUGCUCUAUGAUCAUAACAAUGUCUGUUUCCCUCGCCUGAUGCUUUUUGCACUGGAAAACAUCCCUCCAUUAAGGGAGCUUAGUCUUGACUAUGGAGUGAGUGAUGAGUCCAUCUCAGGGAAGCCCAAGCUUGCUCUCUGUAACUGAUUUUUUCUUUGGAAUUUGUCAAAGAUGCUGACCAGCUCUCUUUGUCAAAUGAUUUUGAGUUAUCGGGAUGCAGACAUGAUGCAUGAACACAAGAUGAAGAUGGUCAAGACUCAAGAACAUGCCUCAUACGUUGCUGUUCAGGUUUUAGGGAAGAACUUACGAAGUACUCCCUUUAAUAGUCAUCUGUAAUACUAUUAUUGCCUAACACAAUGCAAAGGUGUGUAGGUUUUAUGUAAACGCGACGAAUUUUUUGUUGUUGUUGUUUAGACAUGGGCGCGUUCCUUAGAGGUAACCCCUACGAGGAAGAGCCCAAAUGUCUUGCAUUUUGGCUUAUAAUCUUACGUUGGACCGUCGUUGUAUCAUGCCUUAACAUGUAUUGA